UAAAGUGUCUGCUCUGCUGAGGUGGGAGAAGAGCCCAGGGAGAGAACGCGGCCGCUGAGCGCGGUAGGUGGCGGAGCUCUCGGCAGCUCCGCUCAGCUAUAUGAAAUAUGGGAGACGACAGACCGUUUGUGUGCAAUGCCCCGGGCUGUGGACAGAGAUUUACAAACGAGGACCACCUGGCGGUUCAUAAACACAAGCAUGAGAUGACAUUGAAAUUUGGCCCAGCCCGGACAGACUCAGUCAUCAUUGCAGAUCAGACCCCUACCCCUACCCGAUUCUUGAAGAAUUGUGAAGAGGUGGGGCUCUUCAAUGAACUAGCCAGCUCCUUUGAGCAUGAGUUCAAGAAAGCUGCAGAUGAUGAUGAGAAAAAGCAGGCUGCUGGGCCCUUGGACAUGUCUCUGCCCUCCACCCCAGACAUCAGAAUCAAAGAGGAAGAACCAGUGGAGGUAGACUCAUCCCCCCCUGAUAGCCCUGUCUCCAGUCCCCACUCCCCACCAGUAAAGAAGGAGGCCCCUUCCAAGCAGGCUGUAAUCUCUACCCCCACACCCACUAUUGUUCGACCUGGAUCUCUGCCUCUUCAUCUGGGCUAUGAUCCACUUCACCCAACCCUCCCCUCCCCAACCUCAGUCAUCACACAGGCUCCACCUUCCAACAGGCAGCUGGGGUCCCCCACUGGCUCCCUCCCUCUCGUCAUGCACCUUGCUAAUGGACAGACCAUGCCUGUGUUGCCUGGGCCUCCAGUCCAAAUGCCUUCUGUUAUAUCGCUGGCUAGACCCAUCUCUAUGGUCCCCAACAUUCCUGGUAUCCCUGGUCCACCAGUCAACAGCAGUGGUUCAGUCUCUCCCUCUGGCCUGCCUAUGCCUUCAGAAGCCAAGAUGAGACUAAAAGCCACACUGACCCAUCAAGUCUCUUCCAUCAAUGGUGGUUGUGGAAUGGUGGUGGGCACUGCCAGCACUAUGGUGACAGCCCGCCCAGAGCAGAGCCAGAUACUCACCCAGCACCCUGAUGCCCCAUCCCCAGCUCAACCACAGGUCUCCCCAGCACAACCCACCCCUAGCACUGGGGGACGGAGGCGGCGCACUGUGGAUGAGGACCCUGAUGAGCGGCGACAGCGCUUCCUAGAACGCAACCGCGCUGCAGCUUCUAGGUGCAGGCAAAAGCGCAAACUCUGGGUGUCCUCACUGGAGAAGAAGGCAGAAGAGCUCACAUCCCAGAACAUCCAACUCAGUAAUGAAGUCACAUUACUGCGCAAUGAGGUAGCCCAGUUGAAACAGCUGCUGUUAGCACACAAAGACUGCCCAGUCACUGCACUACAGAAGAAGACUCAAGGGUAUCUUGCAGAAAGCCCCAAGGAGAGCUCGGAGCCCACCGGUUCCCCGGCCCCCGUGAUCCAGCACAGCUCGGCCACAGCCACCAGCAACGGGCUCAGCGUCCGCUCUGCCGCCGAAGCCGUGGCCACCUCCGUCCUCACGCAGAUGGCCAGCCAAAGGACAGAACUGAGCAUGCCCAUACAGGCGCAUGUGAUCAUGACUCCACAGUCCCAGUCUGCGGGCAGAUGAUGCCUCCCCCGGCGGAGAGGCCGCCCGGAGCCCGCGCCCUUCUCCUCCUCCCUGCCUGGCGCGAGGGCCGGCGGGGCAUCGGGAGCGACGAAAGGGCAACUGGAGCCCCGCUCGCCCGCCCGCGGCACCCAGCGUGCUUCCUCGUCCGAGGCCGCCCGUUUAACACUAACGAGAUCGGAGCGUUUCCCGCCCUCUGCCCUUCCGCCGAGCGGUGGCGGACCCGUGCCGGGGCCCUGGGCCUGAGCCCAGCUUGGUUCCGGAAGCCACCAGCAGCCUCCUCCCAGCACCACCAGUUCACAUAUUUAAAUGUUAAGAAUCUUAGGUCGCCCACCCGGGCUCUCCUCUUCAUCCCCUCCAAGCCUCAGCGACCUCCUUUUGUGGCCUUAAAUUGUUACGCCUUCCUGGCCUCGCAGGGCGGCAGGAGCGGAUUCCAGAGCCGAGGCCGCGGCCCCCCAUUCCUCAGCUCUGCUCGCUGGGACACGAUGGAGCCCCCUUUGUCUACAGAAAACGCAAUUUAAAACUUGUUGCCUCGCUUCUGCCUCCUGCCAGCGUGCAUGUGCGUGUCUGUCUCUGCUGACCCCUCCCAGCCUCCCACGCUCGCGGCCAUCGGGUUGUUUACAGAAAUCUGCCCUGGAGCCUCCUUCCUGGGCUCUCUGCCUCCCGGGCCUCCGCUUCCUCACUCCCAUCCCUCCAGGCGGCGGCUCCUGCCGCCUUCUCUCAGGACUGUGGAGACCAUCACGGGGUCUCCGGCCUCCGGAGGGUGCCCGGCUGCCUGGAAGGCCGGCGGCCGAGAGGACUCGGAGCGUCCCUGGUGCCAGCCUCUCCUCUAACUAUGCAAUGUUGCCCCGACGGGGGGCAGCUCCUCUCCUGGUCUUCCAGCCACUCCGCUCUUGGGUCCGCCGGAUGUUUUUCGGAUCCAAAGCUGAGAAAGUCACCCGGAAGGAGGAGGAGGAAGUAACUGUCUGUUCCGGUUUCCAGGACCCCGCAGGGAUGAUUCCUAAGAUGACUCGGACCCGCAGGUGGCGAUCAGCCCCUCCAACCCGGCUGCCCUUAUGGCUCCUAAGGAGCUCCGCGGGCCUUUUCUCCCCAGUCAGCCUGCCGGGAAGGGGAAAACUUCCCCAGGGCUGCCCCCUGCCCCAGGAGAGGAACCGGCAAUGGCCGGACAGCUUCUCCCCAGGCCUGUGGCACACAGACCGCUGGGAGGGCGGCCCUGGCUCCGCUCAGCCUUUCUCCCUUCUGAUGGGCAGGGCAGCCGCGGUGAAGGGACUUGCCCAGGGUCACACGGCUGGAAGGGGUCUGUGGCCAGGUUGGACCUGGGACGUCCCUUCUCCAGGCCUGUCUCUACCCACCAUGCCUCGCAGCUGCCCCUGCCUGAAUUUUAUGCCCAAAGAUUACCCCGGCCUCUCCGAGCAGCCCCACAGCCCCGACCUUUCCACUCUGGCUCUAACCACUAGGCUGUACCUUGGGGUAGUGCCAGGGCCUUUGCCCCCCUCCUGCAUGAACCUUCCUGCUGUGUCCCAGACAUCCGUUCCCCCCGUGGGAGGACGAGAGCUCCUUAGAACCCUCUGCCCGGCUCCCCAGCAGGCAGAGAAGGGCCCAUGUAACGACUGUAUCUCGGACAUCCAUGUAUCCUCGCUGUAUAACCAGAGCUCCUCCCUGCCCGGGGGCGGGGCUGCAGCUCCUGUAUGCCCCUCCCCCUCUGCAUGCCCCCCGCCCCCUGUGAGCAGGCUCUCACGACCUCCGAGGAGGGGAGCGGCCAGGGGCUGCCCUGGGCUCUCCGCCCUUCGCCUCCUCCCCGCGGCCCCCAGCCUCAGCGCCAGCCUCCCCCCACAUAUAUUGUGCCUUAUUUAAUGCUGCAGAUAUAACAUUAAACUAUUAACAAGA